ACGAAGAAGAAGAUGGCGCGCUGGUGGAUGUAAACAAAGAUGUUUUAUCGUGUUGAGGUGCUCCGCUGUGUUUUAUUUACCGCCUGAUGUGAGGAUGAGAAGAAAAGGAAGAGAAGAAAAGGAGGAGGGUUCACCUGGUUCACCUGGUUCACCUGUACGGACUCACUAAAGAUUCUCCUCCAACCACCUGGCCUCACCUGUAUGACCUGGCCUCACCUGUAUGACCUGGUCUCACCUGUCUGACCUGGUCUCACCUGUCUGACCUGGUCUCACCUGUCUGACCUGGUCUGACCUGGUCUGACCUGGUAUCACUUGUCUGACCUGGUCUCACCUAUCUCACCUGGUCUCACCUGUCUGACCUGGUCUCAUCUGGUAUCACCUGUCUGACCUGGUCGCACCUGGUCUGAUCUGGCCUCACCUGCAUGACCUGGUCUCACCUGCAUGACCUGGUCUCACCUGUCUGACCUGGUCUGACCUGUCGCACCUGGUCUGACCUGGUCUGACCUGUCUGACCUGGUCUCACCUGGUAUCACCUGUCUCACCUGGUCUCACCUGUCUGACCUGGUCUCACCUGGUAUCACCUGUCUGACCUGGUCUCACCUGUCUGACCUGGUCUCACCUGGUCUCACCUGUCUUACCUGGUCUCACCUGUCUGACCUGGUCUCACUUGGUCUCACCUGUCUGACCUGGUCUCACCUGUCUUACCUGGUCUCACCUGUCUGACCUGGUCUCACUUGGUCUCACCUGUCUGACCUGGUCUCACCUGUCUUACCUGGUCCCACCGGUCUGUCCUGGUCUUACCUGAUCCAGUCUGUAGAGUCUCGUGGUUCAGGAGGUGAUGGCGGGGCGAGGUCGGGGACGGGGUCGCAGGUUGAUGACUUUCAGCGUGGAGGCCGUCGGCAUCAACAGAGGAGACAGUUUACCUCCAUCCAUCCAACAACCUACACCUGUGUAUCCUGUGAUGGAGCAGAAGCCCCUCCCCCUGACAGGUGGGGAGGAGGCGGAGUAUCUGUUAGCACUGAAACAAGAGUUCAGAGGAGCCAUGAAGACUCUGCCGAGCUUCAUCCAACCAGCUGCUGCUCUCAGAGAUGUGGAGAGAUACUCUGAUAAAUAUCACAGCGGCGAGCAGAACGACGCCCUGAUGGACUGGACUCCAGACUGGAAGAGAUUUCCUAAAGAACUCCGAGUCAGGAGACCAGCUACAGACUGUGUCUCAGCAGUCAGUCGAUCUGACAGAGUUCAGUCGUCUCAGAAGAAGAAACAAGUGAAGGAGAAAGAGGAAGUUCUGCUCAAACUGGAGACCCUGGAGAAGAAGGAGGAGCGGGGGAGCUCUGGGGAGGAGGAGGAGGAGCAGGGUGAGGAGAAGAAGAAGAAACAGGAGGAGGAGGAGGCUGAUGCAGAAGAGGAGUACGAUGAGGAGGAGUUUGAGGAGGAGACGGACUACAUCAUGUCGUACUUUGAUAACGGGGAGGAGUUUGGAGGUGACAGUGACGAAAACAUGGACGAGGCUAUUUACUGAAACAGAAGCACCUGUUUUUAUCACGUGUGUGUGUGUGUGUGCGUGUGUGUGUGUGUGUGUGUGUGUGUGUGUGUGUGUGUGUGUGAGGAUCCGUCCAU